UUGUUACUGCUCCCCAGGGUGAGGAUGUUUCCGAUGUGUGGCACACACUUGGGAGCAAGAUCCUGCCUGGGAGAGCAACGAGCAGGCAGAUAAAGGCUUUUCUGUGUCAACACCGCCUCUGGAAAGCUGCAGGAGAUAGAGGCUUUGUAGCAUAUUAUGGAUUUGACAUCAUCACAAUCUAACCAUCUACAAAAUGGACUGAUAGAAGCACUGGAAAGACAAGAAGGGGGAAAAAAAGACGAACAGAUAAUUGAUGAAAUCAUGGGAAGGAGAUUUUUUCCUGCUGUUAUAACUAAUAAGCCCUGGGAAGGCUUUCACUUUGCUGGCCACGAGAUAAGAAUUACAGAAGCCACUGAUUGCUACGGGGCAGUCGUCUGGCCAUCGGCUCUUGUUCUGUGUUAUUUUUUGGAAACUAAUUCUAAACAAUACAAUUUGGUUGACAAAAAUGUGAUUGAAAUUGGAGCUGGAACUGGGUUGGUCUCCAUAGUAGCCAGCUUACUGGGUGCUCUUGUGACUGCCACUGAUUUGCCAGAACUGCUGGGAAACCUUGAGUACAAUGUUCUCCAAAAUACAAAACUGAAGUGCAAGCAUCAGCCUCAUGUUAAGGAGUUGUCCUGGGGAAUUGAUCUGGAAAAGAACUUCCCUAGGUCUUCCUGUCACUUUGACUACAUUAUGGCUGCUGAUGUAGUUUACCACCAUCCCUUCCUGGAUGAACUUCUCCUAACUUUUGAUCACCUGUGCAAGAAUGACACUGUUAUUCUGUGGGCUAUGAAAUUUAGGCUUGACAAAGAGAACCAGUUUGUGGGCAGAUUUCAGACUCUGUUUGACUUAGAGGUGAUUUCUGAUUUCCCCAGUUUGAACAUAACCUUGUAUAAGGCAAUGAGGAAAGGCAGGAUGAAAGUCAGAUCUUCCAAAGUGGUGGUCUGAAAGAGAGAUACAAGGGGUGACAGUUUCAGCUUUUUUGCAGCUUGUUCUCUCUUUAAUAAUUUCCAUGUUAGAACCUGCUGGCACUUGCAGGAAUGAAAUUUUUGAAGACAGCUAAAACAAAACAUCAGAUUUCUAGUGCAUCCCUGAUGAACUCUUAAAUUCAAUUUCAUAUUAGCUUUAUACAGAGAAGAAACAUCUUUGACAUUUUCUUGACUUUUAUGUGCUAAGCUGACGACACUAAUAAGUUUUACAAGUCUUACUAGUAUUGUUGAGAUGCGUAACGAAUAUUUCCAAUAACUUUCAAUUGCAGCUUUGAUGAGUCUCAUAAGAUUAACCAAUCAUUUAAAACUUAAGCCUAUGAUAAAUGUUUGCAUUUAAAAGUUGUCAUGUCAAAUCUGAUUUUUUCCUAUGAUCGAUAUCCUGUAAAUCCUUCCUUUGAGUGGUCAUUAUAGGACACUAAAUUAGCUGAAAAAAAUCCCCCACCUGGGAAAUAUACUGCCACAAUAAAAAGACAGAAUUUACUAGUUACUCGUUGAUUUAACGAUUAUGCUUUUUCCCCCUUCCAUUUUUUAUUUAGAUUCAGGGAUUCUUCAGCAGACAGUCACACAUACGAGGCAAGAGGGAAUUAGAAGUUUUGUUGCUGCAACAAAGGUCUUGAAUAAGAAGAGUACAGCUGCCCUUUGCAAAGACUUUGAAUUCUUGGAGGUCUGCCCCUCCAAAAAUAGACUCUUAUGUGGAUCUUAGGGAACAACAAUGAAAAAAAAAACAGUGGCCAUCAAGAGAAGACUUCUGCAUUGCCUCUAGUGGUGGUUGGAGGAAGAAGACUAAACUGGCCUGCCAUGACGUGGCUGAGGCAUGGGCAGGCUUAGAUAUUUUUAUUUUUUUAGAUGGACAGUCAAAAUACUUGUCUCCUAGCUACUCAGUACUGUGUGUUCCUAUUUUAAUGUGCUUGAAAGCCUAUCAGAGCACUGUAAUUUAGGAAGACUAAUAAAACAAUUCUUUGAACACUCAA